CCGCCUCUCUCCGCCGCUCUUCUGGCUCCCCGGUCAGAGGGCCGGAGCGAGAAGAUGGCGAAGACGUACGAUUAUCUGUUCAAGCUGCUGCUGAUCGGCGACUCGGGAGUGGGCAAGACCUGCCUCCUGUUCCGCUUCUCCGAGGACGCCUUCAAUACCACCUUCAUCUCCACCAUCGGAAUUGAUUUUAAAAUCAGAACGAUAGAACUAGAUGGAAAGAAAAUUAAGCUUCAGAUAUGGGACACAGCGGGUCAGGAAAGAUUUCGAACCAUCACAACAGCAUACUAUAGAGGAGCCAUGGGAAUUAUGCUGGUCUAUGACAUCACAAAUGAAAAGUCCUUUGACAAUAUUAAAAAUUGGAUAAGAAACAUUGAAGAGCAUGCCUCUUCAGAUGUAGAAAGAAUGAUCCUGGGUAACAAAUGUGAUAUGAAUGACAAAAGACAAGUGUCAAAAGAAAGAGGGGAGAAGUUAGCAAUUGACUAUGGGAUUAAAUUCUUGGAGACAAGUGCAAAAUCCAGUACAAAUGUAGAAGAGGCAUUUUUUACACUUGCACGAGAUAUAAUGACAAAACUCAACAGAAAAAUGAAUGACAGCAAUUCAUCAGGGGGAGGUGGACCAGUGAAAAUAACAGAAAACCGAUCAAAGAAGACCAGUUUCUUCCGUUGUUCGCUACUUUGAUGAACUCUUUCUGAGAGACUGCAGCACACCUAGAGGACCCUUUCCUGCUUCUCUGAAAGCACAGGUCACCCAGCCUCAGAAUCAUACCACCCGGCUGCUGCUGAGAGCACCACUGAACCUAGACCUCUCAACACAGAAUGCCAAGUGGAUUCCAGCCUCAUGGCCGAUCAAGAUAACAGGCUCCUUUUUCAAACGUGGAAGCAAUGAAGUGGAGACACAUGCAGGAAUUAACUUGUUUUUUCUUUGUUUUAUUGCCUGUUGCAGAAGCUACUAUCUUUCUUUUUCACUUUGCACAUCAGUAUUAGCCUUUCCCUGUUACAGCACAAUCUUAGACUUAUAUGUGCACACUUUGUCUCAUAAAAUUCUAGACAAAUUUGUGCAAUUGGGGAUGUUUGAAAAAAGAGUAGAACAUUUAAAGCAGAGGUUAAUGUACUAAAAUUAAAGGACAUUUGUCUGGUUCAUAUGGCCAAGUGUUAUUGCAUUAAUAGCAUUUAUUUAAGGGCUCUGAUUUAUGAUUUUCUUAAAUAGGAAUCAUUAAAUUCUGAUAAAAUUUUUAUCUUAAAAAUUCCUAAAAAUGUCCGUCUGUUCAUCAGAGGCCACAAUUUCUUUAUUUCUUCAGAUUGUUUAGAGCUUUGCUUCAUUCCUGACCUUUUUGUCAGGGAGUCUGGGUAGCUGAAGAAAUCACUUUUUCAGUUGAUUACCUCUGCCUAAUCUAUAGAAACUGCAUUUGGAAAUCACCUUCAUCUCACUUUUCCUGGGGUUUGUAUUUGCUGUUCUUUUCUAUGUUUGACCUAUUGUAACCACUCAGUUAUCUAAAACAUAACGUAUUUGAACAUUGUUGUCUGCUUCUAAUUGUGAACUUCUUGAGCUGAAAUUUUACAUAGGUAGAGAGAUGUGCCAGUUAGGGUUUUAUUUCAUCAUCUAAUUGUGGUUCUGGCACGUCAGCAUAUGUAAUAUAUUUUUUCUUAGGUUCACUCCUUAGCUUGCUGGUUUAGUUGUAAUACCCAAUUUCUACCGUAAUCCCUGACUGCAAGAGUUAACAAGAAUUAGAUUUAGAUUACAGUUCACAGAAAGCUUACCUAUAGGGAGAGAGAUGAACUUGUUGAUGUAAAUUUAAUAGAGAGAGCCCUUGGUAAUGGUGAAAAUAAUGAUUUUUGUUCUGUUUUUAUUUGGGCUUUUUUUUUUUUUAAAUAAAAGUAAUUAGACCUAGUGCAGCCUCUAGGAAAAGUCUUGCCUUUUCAUUAGAGCAAGGUUUUAAAACAGCUGUUGUGGAAUGUGUAGAACCCAGUUCUAUCUGUUCAGGUUCAUUGUUAUAGCACUUGGUCCAGUCAUUUGGGCCAAAGCCAACCAAAAGCUUAGCUGCCUUUCUCAGCAAACACUGGUACUGGUACACCUUUUGUGGAUGAAACCAUUACAUAAGAAGAAAAAAGUAUUUAGUGUUAACUUACGUGCCAAAUUCAAAUCAUUAUGUCAUGGCUAUGCUGUUAUUCUAGCCUUCAGUGCCAUAACACAGAAGGGAGUAAUAAAGAGGUGAUUAGGGAAAUGAAUUCUGUUAAUAAUUAUUCUUCCUGAUAGGCCUGUUUUGUUUCACAAAGGUUACCAUCAUGCUUGAUAGUUAAGAAUGCGAGAUGAAAGUGGAAAUGGAUUGCUUUGUUACCACAGAAUUCUGCUUCAAAUUAAGGUGUAUCAUUCGAAUGCUUGGACCAGUCAACCUUUACGACUUGUUUGAAAACUUAUGCACAAUUUAGUGGCAGCAAGUAUACCAGAGCUAUUUUUGAUGGAUACACUAAACUUAUUGUUGACAAAUUUCACCCUCUUUGAUUUUUUUUGUACUUCCCUGUAGGCUUAAAGGCACCUGUUGGUGUCCUCGUAUAAUCAGUAGUUCCUUGACUGAAAGUUGAUUGUAAGUCUACCAUCUUAAAAUUAGAUACGUUUUUGGAAAGACAAAGUAAUUUCUUAGAAACAUCUUGUGUUCACUAAUUUCCUGAAAAAGAUCCAAGCAGUUAAGCUUUCUGGAUGGUAACAAAGUACUUUCUAAAAGGCAAGUGCUAUGACACCAUGUAUGAAUGUAAUUCUCUUAGUAAUUUACCUCUGACUAUUUGGUGUCUUAACACUUUGGUUUAUAUCUCAGGGGUUGUCUGCAAACCAAAACUGACAUAUUCUGUGGUUAGCCUUGUUUUAUUUUGUUUUUAACAGAAUGCUUUGCUUUGCUUUCUUCCUUCUUUCUUCUGUUGUCUUAUAUGGGUUAAUAACUAGUCUCCAUGAACUUCCCUUUGAAAGAGCCUGUAAAAAUUAGAUGAGUCUAAAAGUGCUCUUUGAAGUAGCAGCAAAUUGGGGGAAUAUGCUCUGUUAUAUAGAAAUAAAUUCUUCUUGCUAUUUUCUUACAUUUAGCUUUGCUAAAUUGUAUAUAAUUUGAGCUAAGACCAUAGGAAAUUCACUUUCUGCAUGGUAAAUGACCCAAUAAAUAUUCCACUUUGCUUAAUAAUGUACAUAUAGUGCAUUAUUUUUUCUACGUGUAGAUGAAUUUAGUGACAGAUAAUUGUCUGUUCCCUGCUGAAACUGAAAAAGUUUUUGUUCACUAGUUUUGUGUGAACAUUUUUGUGGUCCUACGGAUAAGGUACAUGAAGAUUUUUGCAGCAGUAUUACUGGUUUAGUGGCUGCACUUUAUUAUCAGUGUGCUAAUUUUUGACAAUGAUUGGAAUAGACCUUUUCAAAUAGAGUCUGAGGGUAUCAGACAAUGAAAAUGUGCUGUAACUAAGUAGCAUGUGAAUCAGUUGAUUAUAAAAUGUUUCACUGGGAACUUAUUUUAGCUAUAUUUUACGUCAGACAGAUUAUGAGAAAAUAAUCCACCUGUGCAUCAGUUAGGAGGUGCUGCAGGGUUUCUUACUAUUUACAUAAAUAUUUUGUGCAGUCUUUGUUAUAAAUUUUCAGAAGACUAUACUCUUUACUUUGAAGGACUAUUUUUUAAUUAUACCUCAUUUAGCUAAUAGUAUUCUAACAUCUGGUAGGAAAACAGUGAGCCAGCCUUUACACAUCCAACCCGAUUUAGAUUAUAUGUUUUGUUUUAAACUAAAGGCAUCAUUGGAAAGGUAGGAGGUAGUUUAGAUUAGAAUAGAACAUACAUGUCAUAUCCAAUAGUGCAAAAAAAGUAUUAUCUCUCUGUCUCCAUUAAUAAAUUUAGCUGUGCAAUAUAGAUAAAUGUUUGCAGAAAUUUCUAAACAAGAGAUUAUAACUCCAUUUUACAGUUUCUGAACGCUGAGAAUCUGUAUUAAGGCUUAUAAAGUUUUUCCUGUGAACAGUAACAUACAUUUAAGCAGACUCUCUUUUCUAGUUCAUGACUUAGAUUUCUUUAUAAAUGUAGUCUUAAUCUUUAAAGAUGAGCUUUUAAGCUUAAAAUUUUAAAACAGCAUUUCAUUAUGUUCGUUUACUUAUCUCAGAUUUUAAGCACUCAUUUCUACCAUCAGGUUUUUUAGAAUUUUUCUUUUAACAGAAAAGACAUUCCUUUUUCUUUCUUGUUAUAUCCAAAGAAAGGGGGGAAAAAGGAAUGUCUAAAAAUGAAAUUCCUUGUCCUAGAGGGACCUAGAGGGACAGGAUAUGCUAAUAAAAUUUCAAACGCUAGCACAAUUUUACAGUAGAAUCAAGUCUUUUUUUUAGACUAAUAAAAUUAACAGGUGUUAUGUUCACUAUGAAAAAACCUAAAUGACUGAAAUUUAUAGAAAUGAAAAUUAGCAAACAAUUAUUUUAGGAAUAUUUUCAAAUUUUACUUCAUUUUUUGAAAUGCUUGUGCCAUAUGCAGUUGCAUUUCUUAUUGCCAAGAACUAAUGGAACUUCUUGUUUCAUUUUCUUACCUUUUUUUAAAAUGUGAAUUUAAUUAUUAUAAUUCAUCCCUAUGGCCUUACAGAUGGAUUUUAUUUUGUUUGUUUGCAGCUGACACUGCAGUUCCUUUAAUGCAAAAUACCAUAAACUAUUUGACUAAAACCAUGCCCCUAAUGGGAAAUAUCUACUUUUUCCAUAGAACUAUCCUACUGUGUAUGUUUCAGCCUGUUUUAUUUUUGCUCCAACGGCUUAAUGUGAAAAGCUCCUGCAGAUAAAGUGGACCUGUCUAUGUGCUUAAUCUUGUUUAAGCCAAUUCAUUAACUGUGUACUGAUACUGAUGCUGUGUUUUUUUUAAAAACAUGGAUUUUAUUCCAGGUGAACUUUUUUUUACAAUAAUGUUCGUCUAAAAUAAAAACUACAUAAUGGAAAUACU